AUGACUGAAGAGAAGCGCUUUGCUCCCAAAGUGGCCGUCCAACUGGAUCCUCCCAAGGACGACCCCAUCUCCCCCGAGGAGCUGGCCAAAUGUGACGGCACCGACCCCAGCCGUCCGACUCUCGUCGCCAUCAAGGGCGUUGUCUUCGACGUGACCCGCAACGCAGCAUAUGGAGCCCAGGGCCAAUACCGAGUCUUUGCCGGCAAGGACCCCUCGCGUGCCCUCGCGUGCUCCUCUCUCAAGCCUGAAAACUGCGUGCCGGAAUGGCACGAUCUCGACGACAAGGAGAAGAAGGUGCUGGAUGAGUGGUUUACAUUCUUCAGCAAGCGGUAUAAUAUCGUCGGUAAGGUGGAGGGCGCUACGAACACUUAA